AUAAAAAAGCUAUGCUCUCUGCCAAAAGUCUUCCAGAAGCAGCCUUCUUUUCCGCUGAGGAGAAAGUUCAGUUACUUAGUGGUAGUUUCCCACGGAAUCUUACCAAAGAAAGACUAAAAGAGUGGUUGUCAUUCCGAAAAGGGACGGCGAAAGAUGGUAGCGCGCGGUCCGAAGCUACGAAGGCUGAGUUAUCUCAAAGGGUCAUCAGUUAUAUCAAAAAUAGUUGGGAGAAUAAUUUUACGGAGAAGUGGCAACACUUGGCAGCAAGUAAACCAGAGGACCAAACGGCGACCGUCAAUUGUGAUUUCCCUGAGUCUGCACAGUGGGUUUCACUGGUUGACGCGAAGGACGAUGUCACUUCAUUUAAUAUUCAAAAUAUCGUGUCUUACUUUAUUGAGAGAAAAGCUAAAGACAAUGACUCUAAAAAAGAUUACAAGAAUGUCAGCAGCAAAGCUUUCGGUUUGUUUCGACAUGGUCACAUCCAAAAACUGGAAAUCGCUCGGGACGACGAUGAGAACGUACUUAUUUGAUGUGACUGCUUACCUGAAAUGAACAAAAAACUUGAAGUAUAACGUGAAGCUCUCAAUGUGUAAUAAUUGUGGACAUGAAGGUAACAACACAUUUGCCAGCUGUGCUUGCCCAGCUGGCAAAGGUCCACGUGGUUCUUGUAAACAUAUAGGAGCUCUUUGUUAUGCACUUGAAGAAUUUGUGAGACUUGAGUGCACACGGGAAUUUGAAACGUGUACCUCAAGACUGCAGAGUCGGAAUCAGCCGAGAAAGAGGAAGCUUGACUCUCAGUCAGUUUAUGAAAUUGAUUUCUCAAAAAAGAUUUAUAGAAGAGAAGAAAGAAUCAAUGUCAAACCUUUGAAUGAUCCAAGACGUCCAUCUGAAAGGAACAAUGAUUCGAAAAAAGUCAACAGAGAACUGCUUGAUAAAA